CAUUAGGAGCUAAAAAGGGCACAGAUUUCUUAAGGAAAUUUAUUACAAGCACCCAAUGGCUUCUAAUCAACUCGUCAUUCUUGCCAUUGCUGCGUUUCUUCUUCCCACAAUUGCCAUGGCAACUGACUAUGUUGUUGGAGACGAUAGCGGAUGGACCACUAAUUUUGAUUACAAAGGUUGGGCCAAGGGCAAAGUAUUUCACGUUGGCGAUAAGUUAGUAUUCAAGUAUCCAGUUGGUAAGCACAAUGUGUUUAAAGUGAACCAAACCGCCUUCACGGACUGCAUUAUCCCGCCGGCAAAUGAAGCUUUAACCACCGGUAAUGACGAGAUUGUGCUGGCUGGCACAGGAGGCAAAUGGUACAUUUGUGGUUUUGCCACCCACUGUGCUACUGGUGGCCAGAAGCUUGCUAUUUCUGUCGUCGAAAGUGCUCCUGAACCGGCUCCAAGCUCUGCUGUUCGUGGGAUCAUAUUCGCCGGGUAUGAAGUGCUCGUGGCAGCCAUUAUUGCUGUCGUGGCAGUUGCUGUCUGAUAGAUCAAAUAUAACUAGCUAGCCCAAUUAAUUUGGUGGAUUUCCUCGAAACCGAUAUCGUUGAGUUUUUCUCUAUGGCAUUUUUUUGUUAUAAAUUAUAUCGUUCAUUAGACAAUAAUAAUGAGAUCUGAAUGGAAUCAGAUCCUGGA